UUCCAUAUAAAAGACCCCUCGACGUUGCUCACUCUCCAUCCAUAUUCCCUCCUCUGUCCCUUACCAGUUACCAUCCAUACAUAUACUUCGUCCAGUUUCUUCCACCUCUGCACAAAAGAAGAGCUUUUCUGGUAAGAUAGUAGAUCGACGAACGUAUCUCUGUAGCCAAGAGAGAGAGAGAGAGAGAGAGAGGAGGGAACGGGAGAAAGAAAUGGCGGGAGCCAGCGGAGGGAAAUCGCUGGAACAGACACCGACGUGGGCGGUCGCCGUGGUCUGCUUCGUCCUCGUCCUGGUCUCCAUCAUCAUCGAGCACAUCAUCCACAUCAUCGGACAGUGGCUGAAGAAGAAGCACAAGAGAGCUCUUUACGAGUCGCUCGAGAAAAUCAAAUCAGAGCUUAUGCUUCUGGGGUUCAUAUCGCUGCUGCUCACGGUGGGGCAAGGCCCGAUAUCGAACAUAUGCAUCUCGGAGAAGGUCGGGGCCACGUGGCAUCCGUGCAGCAAGUCCCAGGAGUCCGAUCACGAAUCCAACGGGCGCAAACUGCUCGGCCUCUCCGACUCCCCCGGAGGCGGGCGCCGGGUUCUCGCGGGCGCCACCUACGACAAUUGCGCGGCUAAGAAAAAGGUGCCAUUCGUAUCGGCAGACGGGAUCCACCAGCUCCACAUCUUCAUCUUCGUCCUGGCCGUCUUCCACGUCCUCUACUGUAUUCUCACCAUGGCUCUCGGCCGAGCCAAGAUGAGGAGCUGGAAGGCGUGGGAGAAGGAAACCAGGACCGCGGAGUACCAGUUCACGCACGAUCCGGAGAGGUUCAGGUUCGCGAGGGAGACGUCGUUCGGGCGGAGGCACAUGAGAUUCUGGACCAAAACCCCCGUCCUCAUCUGGAUCGUUUGUUUCUUCAGGCAAUUCGUGAGGUCCGUUCCAAAAGUAGAUUACUUGACUUUAAGGCACGGCUUUAUUAUGGCACAUUUGGCUCCUCAAAGCCACGUGAAGUUCGAUUUCCAGAAAUACAUCAAUAGAUCUCUGGAAGAGGACUUUAAGGUGGUUGUAGGGAUCAGUCCUCCGAUAUGGUUUUUCGCGGUUCUGUUCCUGCUCUUCAAUACCCACGGCUGGCAUUCUUAUUUUUGGCUUCCAUUCAUCCCACUGAUUAUUAUACUUCUGGUCGGGACCAAGCUACAGGUGAUCAUCACCAAAAUGGGGCUCCGAAUUCAAGAGAGAGGGGAGGUCGUGAAGGGCGUGCCGGUCGUUAAACCCGGCGACGAACUCUUCUGGUUCAACCGGCCCCGCCUCAUCCUCUAUCUCAUCAAUUUCGUUCUCUUUCAGAAUGCUUUUCAGCUUGCCUUCUUUGCCUGGACUUGGUAUGAAUUUGGACUGAAGUCUUGCUUUCAUGCGCACACGGAAGAUAGAAUAAUCAGAGUCACAAUGGGGGUCCUCAUUCAGAUUCUGUGUAGCUAUGUCACCCUUCCUCUAUAUGCCCUCGUGACGCAGAUGGGGUCGACUAUGAAACCUACCAUAUUCAAUGAGAGAGUGGCCAUGGCCUUGCGGAAUUGGCAUCAAACCGCCAAGAAGCACAUCAAACAGAACAAAGGUUCCACGACGCCCAUGUCCAGCAGGCCGACCACGCCUUCGCAUCACAUGUCCCCCGUGCACCUCUUGCGCAACUACCGCAGCGAAAUAGACAGCUAUCACACGUCCCCGAGGCGAUCCAAUUUCGAUGCAGAUCAGCUAAACAACGAAUCUCCGUCCCCGACCCAUUUCCACCAGGGCGAUGGUUCAUCUUUGUACAAUAAUCCCAGCAUGGAACAUGGCACGGUCGACCGCGAAAGAGCGGUCCAAUUGGCUUCCAUUCCUGAGCCAACAACGCAGGUUCAGCACGAGAUAGACAUCGCUCCAAAAGACUUUUCAUUUGACAGACGUAGCGGGGCUAGUUGAGGGAGUUUUCUAGGUAUAAGCAGUACAGUUUUUACGACCACGGGUGAUGGGUCGAGUCGAGAUUCGCGAGUGCAUACUCGGGUCAACCAAUUCAAAUCGGAUGCCAUAGCUCGCUGAAUCUUCAAGGAUUAAAGAGAUGACAGGGUACUACGACUAGAAGAUCAGAGUUAACCCUUCCUAGAGUAAAAUUCAGGCUUGUAUAGGGACAAAUAACUUAAACAUGAGCAACAAACUUGCAAUUUCUAUCAUUGUAUUACUUAAGGCACCUUCCCAAAUUUUCUGGCAAGAGCUAGGUUCAUUGGACUCAGCUUGCUGAUCAUACUACAGAAAAGAACUAAGCUAUUUGCUCACAUGCUCCCAUAAUGUUUCAUUUUUGUUGGUUGA